AUGAACAAACAAUUACUUUCCUAUUUCAUAGUUUUUGUGGUUCUCUUCUCAGUAUUGUCGAUUGUUCCUAAAACUGAGGCACAAAAGAGAUGCAGACAAGAACUAGAGCCGGGGAAACAAUGUUGGUUGGCAAAGUGUAGAGAACGGUGCUUCAAGAAUUUAAAUGGAUUCGGAAGUUGUGUUGAGAAGCCAACAGGCUCUGAUCGGUACAUAUGUAACUGUUUCUACAGUUGUGGUGCACAAUGAUCUCCUAGAGUGUUGGAUAACGUAAACUUAGU